GCUCAGAGCUGAGGGCUAGGCUUCGUGCAAACUGUCUCCUGGGAUGACUGCCCUUCUCACCUUCACAGCUGGGCCAGCUGCAAGCAUGGUACGUCCACCACCUCCCAUGCCAUCUUCCCAACCCCAUGAGAACUGCAGGUGAAGGCGAUCCCAAGACGACCUGGUACGGGAACAUUCCUUGAACAGGAACUUCAAGGAGGAGUGCCAAGAGCGCUGGGCUGCCUGGGACCUGAGGAAAAUGAUUUAGCAGCAGCUGUCCAGCCAGCUGUGCUCCUCUAUCACCACCGCCAUGGAGAGCGUGGUCACGGCUAUCAGUUGGUACACUAGACAACCACCCACCAACCCCCAGCACCCACACCUGUUCCUCCCUAAGUUCCUCCAGCACCCGCAUCUCCCCAAGUCCCUCCAGCACUUUCUCCCCUGCAAGUUCCUCCAGCACCUGCCCCACUGGCUUCUUCUCCUAGCCUCUCCUCCCCUGGGACCACUGAAGGUCACGUACAUGAGGCAGUGGGACCUCUUGGGCAGCUGAGGCAUCCAGAUACAUCCAAAGCAGGAGCCAGUCCCAGCCCCAUCCCUGAGCUCCUCUUCUCCCCUCCCAGGAUUUUUCACCAGUCCCUCUCCAAUUAUAUAUUCCCCAAAUAAAAAUGACUGGAAUGAGGAGUAACAGUUAAUCCGAACUAAGGACUUAGUUCAGAUUAAACUUUAAACUGCCGUGUGUAGCCGCGGGCAGUUCGUUCGGACUAAGGGGGAUUUAAAAAUGGCGGCCGGACGGGAACAUGCAAAUAAAGCUCGGGAUAUUUAAAUCCCGGGCUUCAUUUGCAACCCCGGUUCCCUGAUUUGCCUACCUAGCUCGAAUAAACGAGCUAGUGUAGACAUACCCCAAGAGCCUUGCACUGCUUUACAGCACAUCCAGCUCCAUGGCAGAAAUGCUGUGGCGUCCACAAGAGCAACCAGAGCAUGUGAUGUGAGUUUGCUGACCUUCAAGGAGGUAGGCAAUGGAGAUCUGAGACACGGCUGUAGAGGGGAGACCCUCAGUAAGUAGCUACAGGAAGUGACUGCUGUCCUGAUGCCCUGCCCGGAGUGCUUCUGGGGGGCUUUAAAUGUGAUUCAGGCUCCAAUCAGUGUGGAGGCACUAUUUUGAUAUAGAUCUGUGUUAUUUCAAAGGGGAUUUGUAGUGUGGACGCACUAUUUCGAAAUAGUUAUUUUGGGAGUUAUUAUUUUGAAAUAAAUAAGCGUGCAGUGUAGACAUAGCCAUAAAUAGUUAUAGCUGAAGAAUUGACAUUGGUCUGGGAGGAUCAGGGUUCAUUCUCUCAGAUGCUUGUCUGGAUGGUUGUUGGAUCAUAUGCUCAGGAUCUGACUGAUAGCAGUAUAUGGGGGUGCCAUUGCAGGGACCUUGGGCACUGCUGCACCUCAGUCCCUUCUGUUUACUCCCUGUGGUAAAUAGUGUCUACUGUGGGUGUUAAUGCUUUGGUCUAAUGUCAGUUGUAGGGUUUAAUAUUCAGAUAUUGGAUGGCAUUGGCAGCCUGUGGUACACAAGAGAUCAGGCUGCAUGAUCUAGUGGUCCCUCUGUAACUGAAUUCUGUGCCCUGUCUCCUAGCUGUCUUCACCUAUAUGUGUUGUUCAUGGUUUUUGAAAGUUGAUUUUUUUAAUGACCCAGGCCAACGAGCUGACAUUGGAAACCCAGCAGUAAGCAGAGCAAGUUUUAUUAACAGAAGGAUAAGUUUACUGUCUCAGCCUGGGACACAGCUCAGGAUUGAAGCUGAUGAGCUGGAGCACAUUUUGCAUGAAAAAAUGAGAUCUGGAGGCUAUUUUACUGUGAGACAACUGUUCAAAAACAAUGAUCCUGAGGGCAAGGGUCAGGUCAGUAGAGAUGUGCUACUCAUGAUGUUGACCAAAUUUCUGGGAAGGUAUAUCAGCUUCAAGCAGUUUCAGCAACUCCUUCUAAGACUUAAGCUACAGGACAAAGCCGUUAUCAAGUUUGAAGACUUAUAUGCAGCAAUUCGUGAUCCUUCUACUUCUGGGGCUCCAGUCUGGCUUGAUCCCAUCAGCCACCGAAGGGGGGACAGAGUCAUGAUGACUGCAUCACAGGUGCAUUCGCAGCUAAAAGAAAAAGCAAAACAAAGGUUGCUGGAUAUUGCCAAUCUGUUACCCCAGAAGAACCCAGGUGGUGACAUCAGGAUUCUGAUGCCUGAGUUUAAGAACAUGCUUAACAAAUUAGGGUUUCACAUUGUAAAUGAGGAGUUUGAAAAGCUUUGGAGAAGAUAUGACACAGAAGGAACUGGAAUUCUGAAAGGAGAUACACUACUAAAAAAACUAAGAACUGAGCUCCGAAACGGAUCUUCAAAGAAUGCUAAAGUUUCUGGGCAAAGCAGAGAAAUAUUGAAAACUGAGUGGGAACGCAAAGCUUCACUUGACAUAGAAAAAUGGCUAAAAGAUAAAUUCAGAGAAGGAUUUAGAAACAUGAAAGAAGAAUUUGAAAAAUAUGAUCCCCGAAAAAGAGGCAAGGUUGGAAAAGAAGCUUUCUUGUCAGUCCUACAAAAAUUUGACAUGCAUCUCAAAAAGGAGCAUUUUAAUCUUUUCCUGGCAAGAUGUGGCCUUGAAAACAGCCAAACAGGGAUAAAUUAUUUGGAUCUUCUAUGGAACUUCCAGGAUCGUAGUGACAGAGGGAUCACACACAAAAUUCGCUUUAAUCCCAAGCAUAAAUUUCAUCGAGAGGGCGGCAUCAGCCCAGCUUCCACUCUGACUGCAGUUGAAGCCAAGUUGGCAAAUUUGUUUCAAUCUGAUUUUCUUUCACUCCUGGCCACAUUCCAAAAAAUUGACAGGUUUGGCGUGGAGAUUACUGAUGAAGAGUUUGAGCUGCUACUUGACAGAAUCCCCCUUGAUGAAGAUGGAAAUGUCAGAUACCCCCAGUUCAUGGCCAUGUUUGAUUCUCGGUACUCAGCUUAA